CAAGAGCCGCCUGUAUGGGGGACGUGCCCGACCUAAACGCAGCGCGUCGCAGAGGCCGCCGCCGCGACACGCCGAGCAGGCUUCGCCAUUCGCCCUGGCCGGGGCGGCCCGCCCUUCCUGCGGCGCUGCGCCCUCCUUCUCGACGUGAGCUCGCCGCUCGUGCUUGCGCUGCCAGGGCUGUUUCUUCCUCUUCUUUUUUUGUUUCUCUCUGUCUCUCUCCCUUUUUUCGCUGUGUCUCGUACGGUGGGGGCGUUGGUUAGGGAAUGCGCCCAGGAGGCUGCAGACCUUGGGGGAUUCCGUAUCUGGUGCUGGCGGCGGUGAUGAUCCAUGGCCCAGCCUCGAUUGGAGUUCCGCCGUCCUCCAGACCCUGGAUUCCUUAUCUACACCUCCGAGCCGUUGGCGGAGGCGGAGGCCUUCGUCCAGGGGCUGGCGGCGGGCUGGCGGCUGGCCGAAGGAGCCUCUGAGUCGUUCGGCCCCGAGCGGCUGGAGGCGGCAGAGCAGGACGACGAGGUGGCGGACCCUGCGCAUCACAGCGUUGAGGGCGCCUCCACCUGCGUUUCCGAAGAGUUCGUCACCGCCAGCGGCCUCGCCGACAGCUUCGGCGCGGAGGCCAUGGGCGCGGCGGACCCUGAGGAGGGGCAGGACGUCGCGGCGCACUUCAGCAAUCAGGCGGCGGCGGCGCACGGACCCAGCGUCGAUCUCGCAGAGCUCUUCGCCAGCUUCGAAGAGAUGCUAGGGGUUGGCGUAUCCGUGAGCUCCGCCAACCAGGCUGACGUGCAGUUGAUUCGGCACCCCAGCAAACUGUCGGGCACCGCAUGUGAGACCGUGCAGCUCUUCGACCCGAUCGAGGAGCCCGAGUCUGGCGAAGCGGAGCCCGAAGGCAAGCAGGCAGAGGCUGUGCACGGCGCAGCGGUGCCCAAGGUGCGGGAUCUGGAGUGCGCCCGCCUCGAGAGGGCGCUGGAGGCCCAGGUCCUGCUGUUCGAAUCGCUCGAGUCGGAGCGUGCCUCGCCGCGACGGCUGGACCCGCAGCGAGAAGCUGUGAGAGCGGCGCUCGCGGCCCUGGAACACGCCAGGCGACAGGGCGACUCGUGAAGGUGGUCGUGGGCAUCGUGCGGCCGCUAGACGUGCCUUGCCCUCUCGCCCUCCUUCCCCCUUGUUGAAUUGAAUGCAUGACCACGCGCCUGCUCGCGGGUGCUCGAAGAGUAAAG